AUGGUCAACUGCCUUAAAGGCAGUUGUCUGGCAGUUGUUCAGCAGUUGACUUUCAUCAGGCGAGUUUACCACAUUGCGUUUCUUUCACCAACUUCUGUUUGCACUCAGAUGGAACAGAGGAGCAGAGCAACUUCAAAGAGGGGACCCAUGAAGUGGGAGGCCUGCAAGUAUUGUGGUGCAUAUUUGUCCAUACUGUGGGGGUCACCCAAUGGCCCAUCACCCCUCCUCACCAUCCCUCCAUCACCCCAGCUAAGGCCCCCAACUCCACCCACCCAUGUCGUAGCGUUGUCGCACCACAUCAAUCGACAUCAGUUCAACAUCUGCAACAUGUUCAGGGCUGCACACAUUGGGGUGAUGGCAGGCACCGUUUUCGGACUAGCUCUUCAAGUCCAUUGUCGAGCACUCUGGCAGUUACCAAGCCAGACUUCAGUUCCUCUGAAAGUCACGCUUGCUGAUAGAGCUCACUAUAACUCCCGUUUCUCUUCUGAGUCUGCUAUCAAAUCCUCGGUUCACACCAGCCUUGAUGCCAAUUCUGUUGACAUCAACAAGGCUCAAUAUAGGGUUCGACAGCUUCUGGACUCUCUGUCUGACUUGAAUAGCACCACAGCAAAUCACAUCCAGCGCAUUGAUGAGAGUUUUCUUUGUCUCAUGUUCAGGACCAUCUCAUUCUUUGGGCUUGCAUGCUGGGCUCCUGAUGUUCUCAGUCAGGAUCCUAACUCUAUGUAUAACUUGCUCCAUGAGCACAUUGCUCUUGUGACCUUCGAACAGGUUGCCGCUGGCUUUGGCUAUUCGCAUCUUGGGAUUGAUCUGAGCCUAAUUUGCAAUUUCACUCUCAUGCGAAAGCUCUAUUGCAACUUUGUUUAUUCUUACAUGCAUGGCAUUGCCAAAUCGGAGAACGAUGAGGUUGCGGAGGGGGAUUCAGGCUCUCAGCUCACCUAUCACAUCAACAUUAAGGAUGGUCGCUCAACUAAAGUGAAGUCAUUCUUUCGGAUGCUUGAUUCUCAGCCAAAGCGUCGAAAUUGCAGGGCAGAGCAUACUCGUGAAGACCCUCUCACUCCUCUUGAAUCAGAGCUCUUCGCCUUGCCAAAGUUUACUCCAAUUGACUGGUUUGACCCAGGCUACUGGAAUACCACCUUAACUGUGCAUGAGUGUCUUGACUAUAUAGAGCAUGGCGUCCACAUUGGCCUUCCUCUCGCAGAGGAUUGUCAGACCUGGGAGCAGUGCAGUUUAUGGAAGAACCUACUGGUGGAAGAGUUUAUGGAAACAUAUGGAAAUGCAGUGCUGGCACUGUACAAGAUGCCUACAGCAGAAGAGGUUGAGCAGCUUCGACAGUGGGGGGAAGAACUUGAAGAGUUGGACUUGGAGGCUCAACUUGGGGAUGAGGGAUCUGGGGAUGAGGGAUCUGGGGGUUAUGAAUACAACUCUAUGCUUAUGGAUAUGAGUGCUACCAUCGUCCUCUAUUCAAAGCCCAACAAAUAA